AUGAUUACAACUCCUUUGAAACAUCCAGGAAUUUAUUUGUCUUCAGAGACACCUCAAAGGAAAAAUAUGCCCAUGCAUGCAAUAUUUUUUGACAGUAUUCCUUCAGGUACACUUACUCCUGUAAAAGAUUUGGUAAAAUAUCAGAACUCAUCUUUAAAACUCAAUGACCAUAAAAAGAAUCAAUUUCUAAAAAUGGCAACUUUUAAUAAAAAAAUACUUCAGUCUACCGUGCUAACAGAAGCUAGCACCUCUAGCAGUUUUCUUGAUAUAAGUGUUAUAAAGCCCAAUAAGGAUCGAUUCAAAAAUAGAACAAACUAUGAAUCUCCAGGGAAAAUAUUUCAAAGGAUGAAAGAAAAAGUACAACGUGAUAAACAAGAGCAAGCAUCAAGCAGCAGUUGUUUUUUGAAACCACCAGAAAGGGAAAGUAAUAAAACCUUGGGUCCUGAUAGAGCUGAGAAAAGACUGUUGCAGCAUACCUACCUCUGUGAAGAAAAGGAAAACAACAAAACAUCUCAAUCCGGUAAGGAUUCACUAAGAGGUUAUAAAGUCUUAAGUGCUUAAAAUGUGUCAGGCACUGUAUUAGACUCAUCAUAUAUUUUUCUUCCAACAAAACAAAAGAUUCGACAUCAACAAGUUAAAAACUAAAAUACAAAACAAAAAGCCCUGCCAAGUUUAACGUAUGAGUUUCUAAUUCCGAAGCCAGAACAUGAAAAUAUUACAGCUGCAGGAGUCUCAUUACGUGGAGCUCAGUUGGCGAAACAAAUUUCUCACUCAAAAGAGACUGCAUUUGCAACCACUAAGUCCAAAAAGGGUACAUUUGUUUUAGAAAGCAUUGAUUCUGCUGAUGAAAAAUCCCAAAAUACUACUGUUGAGACUCCUACUAGUAAUUGUGUUUCUACUAAAAAUGGCACUCAGUUAAAUGUUUCUGAGAGUCAGGUGACAACAGAAGGCAUUUCACAACAAGAAACUAUGAAAGGAAAUGAAAAAACAAUGCCCAAAGAGGCAGCUCUUCUAUGUGCUCUGAAUACUACAUGUAAAAUUGUGCUUGCAACUCCAAGACAUAACAUAACAAUACCUCGAAAAUCUAAAGGAAGAUCAGAAAGAAAGAAAAAGCUUUCUACUCCAAGUAUAUUUCAAAGUAUUACAAAUGGAGUUAAAAAAAAUAAGGUAGUCCAGCUACAGGAAUGGAUGGUUAAAAUCAUCAAUGAUAACACUGCUAUAAUUGUAGAAGGAAAAUUAAUAGAUUUCACUGAUAUAUAUUGGCAUAGCAAUAUAAUUAUAGAACGUAUUGACUACAACAAACUUAGGACUUUGUCGGGCAAUAUUUAUAUUUUAAAAGGAAUGAUAGACCAGAUUUCCAUGAAAGAAGCAGGAUAUCCAAGCUAUCUCAUAAGGAAGUUUAUGUAUGGAUUUCCAAAAAACUGGAAAGAGCACAUUGAUAAUUUCCUAGAACAAUUAAGGUAAACUGAAAAGAAAGGAAAAAAGGCCAGACAAAAACAGAAAACUGGAGCAUCUGUCCGUGAUAUACCCAAAUCACUGAAACCUGGUGCAGGAGAUCAAGCAGAUGGCCUACAAAAAGCCAGCACCACUUAUAACCUUGAUUAUGAUAACUUGGAAGCUACAAAAUUAAACGUUUGCCAUAGUAAUCACCAAAAUACACCACCAUUAAAGCUCUCAGAUGACCAAAUAAGUAAUACUAUUCAGAAUGGAAGGAGAUGUGAUUUAUCUAACCAGGAAUUAUUAGAGGAAAACAAAUAUAAAAAGUUGCCUUCAAAGAAACUCGAUAUUUGUAAAAGAACAAAUGAAAAGAUAAUUACAAGUCAAAAGCAAGAAAGAUCUGAAAACUCAAAUACCUCCACUGAUAUUCUGACCUCAAGAGAACAGCUUUUCUCAGAUGAAGAAAGAAAACUCAUGGCUAUCAAUCAUAAGAAGGCUUAUAUUUUAUUAACGCCACUUAAAUCAAAAGAAGUGAUAGAACAAAAAUGUAUGAAGUAUAAUUUGUCUAGUAGUAACAUUAAAACAAUAACAAACUCUGCAUUGCCAGAGCAUCCAAAAGAAAAUGAGUCAGACUUAAAUAGAACUACAAGUUCCAUCAGGAAGGCCACAAGGAUUUUAGGAAAUACAUUUGAGUAUAGUGUGGAUCAUAAAAGUGAAAACAGAAAAGAUGUCAGUGAAUGUGAUGUACUCACUACUGUCAAGCAGAAAAUAAGAAUACCUACCCCUAAAAAGAAACAAAUGGAGACCUGUAACUUUAAGAAAAAUACAAGAUUAUCAACACUGAAAGAAACUGAAAAUCAAGUAGCUAUGCCAUUUCACAAGCAUCAGUUAUCAUUAGGUCUGUCUAGUGAAGAAAGUGAAACAGAGAAGAAAAGUAAAAAGAAAGUUAGGGUUGUUAGGAAAACCAAAGCAAGAAAUACUAAAACAGUGGCCCACCUGAGAAAAAGCACAAGAAAUACCACAAGCAACAUCCCUGUGAUUUCUGAAUCUGAAACAGAAGAAAGUGAAAGUGAAUAUUACAUCAAACAAAAGAAAAUUGAAUCUUCUGCUAACGAAACUGUUCAGAAAUCUGAUAGUAGGAAUGAGUUUCCUGUUUUUGAGGCGAUGGGAUCUAAUAAGACUUACAGAGUUCCCUCAGAAUGUUUAGAUGGUUUAACACAAGAUGAAGAAUGGAAUGAGAAGGAGUUAGAAAAACUUAAUCGUGCUUUUGCCUCCCUGCCAAAGCACAAGCCUGGUUUCUGGUCAGAAGUAGCCUUAGCUAUAGGAUCUCGAUCUGCUGAGGAAUGCCAGAAGAAAUAUAUAGAAGAUUCCCAAAGAAAUGGAUUCCAGAAAUGUAUCACUAAGAAAAAGCCAGCCAACCUCAAAAGUCAAAAUGGCAAGAUAGAUAGUGCUGAUAAGAAGCAAACUGUUAAGAUAACUGCCAAAGUGGGAACUCUUAAAAGGAAGCAACAGAUGAGGGAUUUUCUGGAACAGAUGCCAAAAGAUGACCAUGAUGAUUUUUUCAGUACAACACCUUUACAAAAUCGAAGAGUACUGUUGCCAAGUUUUCAGAACCAUCAAGAAGAGGAUGAUGAUACUCUGCCAAAUAUGGAUAUGAAUCCAAUAACUCCAUCAUCAGUUAUAUUUCCAUUGGCAAAAACUCCUCAGUGUCAGCAUGUCAGUCCUGGCAUGCUAGCCUCUAUAAAUAGGGAUGACUCUGAUAAAUAUGUUUAUCAUAUGCAAAAAAAGCAUAAAAGUAAUGGCGGUAUUGUCUGGGGCAACAUCAAGAAAAAAACAGUUGAAGCUGAUUUCGUAACUCCAGUAUCUAGAAGAAAAACCAUAGCUAGCAAAGAUUUAGAAGAUAACUCUGGUAUUGGAAAACUUUUCACAAAUGCUAUGGAAUCACUAGAUGAAGAGGAGAAAGAUUACUAUUUUUCUAACUCUGACUCUGCAGAUUAA